CCAGUGCGCGUGCGCAGGCGCACUGGGGCACUCAGCCGACUCCUGCAGCCCCGGGACUCUUACUCCGUCGCCUGCGAUGGCGAGCGCCCUCUCGCUCGGUACUGUGCUGGGGCUUUUACUUGUGUCUGCGCUGCCCGCGGUCCUCGGAGACCGCUCCAGCCCUGACUUCCGGGCAUACCCAGGGGACCCCUCCCAGAUCGGGCCUAUGGCCACGGAACCCCGGCGGCGGCCACCGCCCAAGGGCCAACACGAACGGGCCCAGGCCAGGGCGUUGCCUGUGGGGGCGCUGUACACCGCGGCUGUCGUGGCUUUUGUGCUGUACAAGUGUUUGCAGCAGGGGAAAGAUAAGGCUGCAGUCCUCCAAGAGGAGGCAGGCGAGAAGGAAUCAGUGCAGUCAGAGCAGCAGCUGGUCCAGUUGAUACAACAGCUGGCCCAGACAGAGCAACACCUGAACAAUCUGAUGGCCCAGCUGGACCCCCUUUUUGAGAGUGUGACUACCCUGGCUGGAGCACAGCAGGAGCUUCUGAAUAUGAAGUUACAAACCAUCCAUCAGCUGCUACAAAAGAACAAGCCAAACAAGGGUGUGGAGGAUCCAGAAUCAGAGGCCACCAUACCCUUUCCUGAGGACUUCUGUGUGAAGGAGGAAGAAGAGGAGGUUGGUGACAGUCAGGCCUGGGAAGAGCGCCUAAACUGGAGCACAGAGACAAGGAACCUGGCUACUACUCCUUGGGGAGUGGAGCAGGGGCUGAGGAGGAGACGCAGCAAGGCUGCAGCAAGGGGCCCCAGUCACAGCCCCCUCUGGGAAGGAGGGGCAGUGGCUGACGGUUCAGUAAAACAAAGUCUUUUCUUGUGAUUGGA